GCGCCGACUGCCAGGAGUCUAGCGUCUCAGCCCCCACCCCUACCCCAAAACAACUAGCCCUCACCCCACCCCCCACGCCUGCAGAGAGCGGAGAUGAUCCAGAUCCCCCGGUGAGAAGCCCCUGCUGCAGCGCGUCUGUUUGGCCCCGCUCUGCGGCGUCUUUGUGCUCCGCUCCACCAGGGAUUAUAGGGCUCGCUGGAAUGCUGUGUGCUGUUCAAGAUCACUGAUGUAACCAUGGAGGAGGGAUACGAACUUGACCUGAUCUACGUGACAGAGCGCAUCAUUGCGGUGUCCUUCCCCAGAGUCUGCUCUGAGGAGACGUACCAGCGCAACCUGCAGGAUGUCACACGCAUGCUCAAGUCCAAACACGCCAACAACUACCUGGUUAUCAACCUCUCAGAGAAGAGACAUGAUCUCACGAAAAUGAACCCAAAGACUAUGGACAUGGGCUGGCCUGACCUCCACGCCCCGCCCCUGGAUAAGAUCUGCACCAUCUGCAAGGCCAUGGAGAACUGGCUCAACGCUGACCUUCAGCAUGUGGUGGUGGUGCACUGCCGGGGCGGAAAGGGAAGGAUUGGUGUGAUCAUUUCAUCUUUUGUGAAUUUCACCAAUAUAUCAGCAAGUGCUGGCCAGGCUCUGGAUCGUUUUGCCAUGAGGAAGUUCUAUGAUGAUAAAGUGUCUGCGCUGAUGACUCCAUCACAGAAGAGAUACGUGUGGAUCCUGAACAGCCUGCUCACUGGUUCAGUGAAAAUGAACUCAUCGCCUCUGUUCCUGCAUUGUGUAAUUCUCCACGGGAUUCCCAAUUUUGACACUGAAGGAGUGUGUCGACCAUAUGUGAAAGUCUACCAGGCAAUGCAAGUGGUGUACACUUCAGGAAUAUACCAUAUAGGCCCAGGACACCGGAACAGGAUCCACAUCGCCCUGGAGCCAGCCCAGAUACUCAAAGGUGACAUCAUGGUUAAGUGCUACCACAAAAGCCUCAUCUCGGUGGAGAAGGAGCUUGUUUUCCGCCUGCAGUUUCACACAGGCACCGUCCAAGGCUACAAUCUCAUCUUUGAGAAGGAGGACCUUGAGAGUGCCAACAGAGACUCCAGGUUUCCUGAUUAUGGGAAGAUUGAACUGGUGCUUUCAGAGAGUCCAGAGAGGAUAUCAGGGUCGGAUCGCUGGCAGAACGGUCCUGACGUCACAGUGGACUGCAGCCUAUCGGAGGCGCUGAGCCGAUGGGACUCAUACCACAACAUAAACUGCGAUGGGGAAGUGCUACACGCCCAGGCGACCAGGCCCAGCUCAUCGUGCCCUAAACCCAGGCAGAAGAGCGUGGAGCGGGCUCCCCCGGCCGCGGUCUCCCGGACGGACCACAGCGACCACACCCUGUCGGCCAGCAGCGACUCGGGGCUCUCCAGCGCCUCCGCGUGGACGGGGCGGCCCCAGGGGCCCCAGCGGGGCCCGAGCCAGCAGGAGAGCACGGAGCUGAAGAGGCUCCUGUGCGGGUUCGGGGUGGAGAGCGCGGAGACGGCGGGGGAGCGCGCGGUUUCCGCGGGGACCGGCCGGGGCGUGGCCUCCGCGCGGGCGCCGCGGGUGAACGGCGAGGCUCGGAGGCUCCGGGACCGCGAGACGGACAUCCUGGACGACGACGAGGACGGGCUCCACAGCGUGGACAGCAUCGGGACCAUGUCCUCCUCCGAGGGCCUGCACAAGGGCAGCCACAACUCCCUGCUGUCCGACGACUUCGGGAGCCACGGCGGGGACGAGCACCACGCCUCCGUCUCCGUGUCCGUCUCCACGGCGAUGGACCCGGAGGGCGGGCGGGAGGACUACAGGCGGGACAAGAGGGACUUCCCGUCCAGGGGGACCACUGUCCCUGUGAUCCGGGUGACCCAGCCCCCAGAUUUCGGGCAGGAGGGGUACUCCACGCAGACCUGGGUCCGCCAACAGCAGAUGGUGGCCCAGCAGUACCCCUAUAUGCCUACAGAGGGCGACCUGCAGGCCCAGGGGUCGCCCGCAGUGCUGGAAAUCCCCACUAAGGGCAAGAGCGACAACAGGGUGGACGAAUUUGCCGCUCUCACUGUGGAUAUCGAUCAGUCGAUAGACCAGCUCAACCAGCUCAUCAUGGACCUCGACCCCACCUUCAUGCCUCUCUCCGCCCGCUCAAAUCCCGUCAAGAAACCCGAGAGCAGUCAUGUGACCAGGGCGGCCGAACACCAGGCCAAUGGACUGAGCAGCAGGCGUAUCGACAGCAACGGCACCGGCCUGCAGAACAGCCAUCAAACAGCUGUUCCCCAGAAUGAUGUCAGAGCAGACAGACCACAGGAACUGAGUCACCAAGGAAGUGAUGUCACAGGUUUCCCUGGGUUCCGCCCCCCUGGGUGGGGACUGGCAGAGGACUUCCUGAACAUGCAGCCCUGCCAGCAGGGUGCUCUGUUCAGGACUAACAGUGUGGGGUACAGGAGGCAGGGUGAGGAGCUGGACAGCAGGGUGCCAGUUGGCGGUGACAUGAUGGUCCCCCCGACGCCUGCCUUCCCUGUGUCCCCACAAACCCCCUACGUGAGAGAGUUCCCACAUGCCAGUGGCCCAGGUGGGGCCUUUGGGACCGAGCAGGAAUCACGGAGCUGUGUAGAGACCAACAACCACAUCACCUUGGCCUCAGGUCUGCCAGUCAACAUAAACUCCGCCCCCUGUCAGAGACCAGUGGGAAUGGUGUCCCAAAGUGGUCCCCACCCACGGACAGAGAGCUUCUCUUCAGGACAGUCCUGGAACACGCCCCUCAGCCGCCAGUCCUCCCAGUCACCCCCGCAGUCAUACCCGGUCCGCCUGGGCAACAGCCCCCCCAGAGGGCCGCAGAGGGGCGGCUGGUUCGGGCUGGAGGAUCGGGACGGGUGCCAGGGGGACGCUGCCCCGGUGCAGGGGCUCCUGCUGCAGGUGGGGCCCCCCCUGCCGGAGAAGCGCAGGGUCUCGGAGGGGGAGCGGUCGCUGCGGUCCGUGUCCCCCUGUCUCAGCGGGUUCUCCAGCCCCCACAGCGGGAGCACCACCAGCCUGCCCUUCCCCAACCUGUCUGAGGCCUCCACCCGCGCCACCGACACCCCCUCGCCCAUCCUAGAUCUGCUUGAUGGCAGGCAGGCAACAGUGAAAUUUGUGCAGGACACCUCAAAGUUUUGGUACAAGCCAGAAAUCUCAAGAGACCAGGCGAUCGCGGUCCUGAAGGACAGAGAGCCAGGCUCGUUCAUCGUUAGGGACAGUCACUCGUUCCGGGGGGCCUACGGACUGGCCAUGAAGGUGGCCACGCCUCCCCCCUCUGUUCUCCAGCAGAGCAGGAAAGGUGGAGACCUGUCCAACGAGCUGGUUAGACACUUCCUGAUUGAGUGCACACCUAAAGGAGUGAGGCUGAAGGGCUGUCCCAAUGAGCCCUACUUCGGCAGCCUCACAGCCUUGGUUUGUCAGCAUUCAAUCACUCCCCUAGCCCUGCCCUGCAAGCUCAUCAUACCAAGUACAGAUCCCCUGGAGGACUUGAGAGAGACCCCUCCUCCAACCAUCUCCAACUCUGCUGCUGAGCUCCUGAAGCAGGGAGCCGCCUGUAACGUGUGGUUCCUGGGCUCCCUGGAGAUGGAGUCACUGACAGGCCACCAGGCCAUUCAGAAGGCCACCAGCAUGACCCUGAACAUGGACCCGCCUCCAAUCUCCACAGUGGUGCACUUCAAAGUGUCAGCACAGGGGAUCACCCUCACCGACAACCAGAGGAAGCUGUUCUUCCGAAGACACUACGCUGUCAGCACCGUCAUAUUCUGCGCUUUGGACCCUCAAGACAGGAAAUGGAGGCGAAAUAGCAUCUCCUCAGCAAAGAUUUUCGGCUUCGUGGCACGCAAGUCCGGCAGCGGCAUGGAGAACGUGUGCCAUCUCUUCGCCGAACACGACCCCGAGCAGCCGGCCAGCGCCAUCGUCAACUUCGUCUCCAAGGUGAUGAUCGGCUCCCAUAAGACCAAGUAGACCCCUCCUGCCCCCUGCUGGUGUGAACUGCAACUGCAGCUGAGUCGGACCGGAGCCUCUGCAAAGCAAUGCGGCGCAUCGUGACUGUACCGCGACAAUGCCGGCGAAAAAAGACCCGUUGUACACCACAACGGUGAUUUGGACAACGUCAAUUCUGUCGUCGCCACAAAAUCAUUGGUGGUGAGAGAAUGUAAGGUUACGUCAAAUAUGCCUUUUUCUUCAAAUUUCAAAAGAAAAAACAUUGACUUCCGGUGCCAUCAUCUUAGUUUAUUGAAACGUCAUCGUAUUCUGUGCACUUAAAACACAGUUCGGCCUGCAGUAAAAGUCAAAUCUGCCAAAACUGGCCUAAAAAGUGCCUGUUGCCUGCCCAUGGCACUGAACUAUCCCUUAUAUAGAGAUAGGUUCAGUGAACAGCCUACAUUUAAUCAGGUGAGAUGCGUAGUCAUGAUUUCAUGGUUUUCAUUCAUAUUUAUGCUCCAUUUAAAAUGAAUUAUGAACUAAAUAGUAUAUGCUAUUUUAAGUGUUUUGUAUGCCUUAAUAUUUUGAAGGCUUCGCAUUGUACACUGAGCAUGUUGCUUUCAGGCCUUGUAAAAUAUGACUGUAUUAAAUUUAUGUGGUAUUAAAUGCUGUUUCUAUUUAGUUCACUUCAAAAUUGUGUGUGUGUGUGUGUGUGUGUGUGUGUGUGUGUGUGUGUGUGUGUGUGUGUGUGUGAAAGCUGCAUUGUGUAAAUAUCUUAUGAAAGUCAAUGCGCCUUUUUUGAUUGAUUAUGUCAUUUUUUUGUAUGUGCCGUUUGUGCUACAAAGGAUAAUACAAAACAUUUUAUUUUAUUAUGCUUUUCAAAUGUUCUGUGGAAAUGUGUGUGAAAGCAUGCAUACUGUCACAUAAUGCAUUUAGAGAGUAUAUUAUAUGUGUAUGGAUACUUAUUGUCAGGAAUAUUUUUGUAUUUACAUGACAACUAUUUUUUACAUUUUUACAAAAUCUUAAUAUAUUUUAUAAUUACAGUACAUUACACAGUACAUGUUGUUUAUAUAGCAUAUCUACAUAAGGUAUAUAUUCAUAUAGGCGAGCCAUGCACAAUUAAACAUUCACAUACGUAUGUAUCAUAUUUGUUUGCUCAAUUAAAUGCUGUAUGGUCUCAAGUAUUUCCCUGUUAUCAUAAUGCCAUUAUUGUGUAUUACAGUGUUAAACAGUUUUAUAACAUAUUUGUCCUCUUUUGUGUCGAGAUUUGAAAGGAAACUUCCUCAAAGGCCUCUGAAAGUAAUGUCAUCUCUGUUGCGUUUUCAGAAAUGCAGUCUUCUUGGCAUCUCUGCGUGUCACUGUGCAUGCCUGGAAAGAUUUUAUUAAAACAAUGACCAUGUUCUGGCCAUCUGUUUAUUUAUGAGUAUUGUUCAUGUUAUGCUGUUUAUAGUUAUUUCCAUAUUGUGUAUCGUGAUAUGCCUACCUGUAAAAAUGUUUGUAUUUUUCACUGUAUAAAUGUAUGAUGCAUUGCAUUCUGUACCACAAACAUACAAGCUAUUUCAAAGACAAUAAAACUACAUUUUAUGUAA